AUGACGUUUCAGGUCCCCUACGACUCGAGUCCACCUUCGACUCCGGACAAGGAUAAGUCUCGGAGCUUCUGGAGCAAUGUGUCUACGACUCCCGCCGGACCGCCGCCCUCGACCGCAAAGUCGUUUACACCGCAAGGCCCGCCGCCCUCCGAUCCCUACACCAGCUCCCAAAUGGGAUCACUCUCAAAACCCGAUUUCUCGACCUCCAAGUCCCUGUUUACCCGAUCGGGCAACAUCAACACCAACGAUAGUAUCUUCGGGUCGUCCUUCGGAUCGACCGACUAUGGGCCCAAAAGAACCCAAGCACCCUCAGCAAAGCCUUUCGCUGCGUCGGAAUCUCGCUUUGGCGCAACCAAUGGAAGCACCUUUGGCCAGUCGGGAAACUUUGGACAAUCAAACGGGUUUGCUACGUCGCAGAUGAGCGAAUACAAUGACGAAUACGAUGAAGGCGACGAAGAGAUGGAACCGGAGGAAGAGAUGGAAGAGGAAGAAGAAGAAGAAGAAGUUGAAGAUGCCGAGGGGGACAUGGAUAUGAGCCGCGGACCCUCUCAUCGCCUCAGCUUCCUCGAUUCGAAUUUCGGAAACCCGUUGCCGCCUCAAUCUCCCGCUCUCGGCCAGCGCAAGCCAAUCUAUACAAACCCCACUGACGCCAAGAGACCGAGACUUGAUGAACGCUGGGCUAACCAGUCUCCCGUUCGCAAGACAAAGCUGUCACCAAAAAAGGCUUCGGCGAUGCCCUCGAUCUUACACAACCUCGUUUCCCGAUCACGCAUUCCUGCGGUCGAUGAGCCGAGUGACAUGAUCAUUAACACGGAGGAUGCGCUGGGCCGACUCUAUGAUGAAUUGAGGGAGACGGAGUACAAGCCCGUUGAUAUCGAUGCUGUCCUGUCUUACAUUGCGAACAAGCUUGCAGCAACAUGGGACACUUGCGCCGACCGCAGUGGAAUCACUCGGCCCUACGGUGCGAAGUCUAGCAUUGGGCCGGGCGAGCAGGCUCCAAAUCUGGUAAAGGCCAGUUUCUUGGCGUCGCUGUUGCUUCAAAUCCACCACCCUUCUCGCUCCUCUGCCCCAAUCGCCAGUGCCUCCAACCCUGCCGCUCGCACCACGCCGAAUAGCAUGGUGAAAGCCAUGGCACGAGCUAGCGUUGCGACGCCGCUACCGCAGAUCUUGCUGGACUGGCUCAACGGCAACCAUGCAUCUCAAACCAACGAUCUACAGGCGCUGCGAUAUGUCGAACCCAAUCCGACUGCAUCCUCGAAUUUUUGGGACAUCAUCAAUGCGGCCGUUCUCCGCGGUCGUUUUGCCGAAGUGGCUGAUGUUUUCCGGUCUGCAGAUUUCAACUACGCGCGCUCUGCCCUGGAAGAUGGCUUGGUGCAACCUGGUUAUCGCGGCAUGCAGCUACAGAAUAUCCAGCGCUGUAUUAACAAGGCACUUCAAAUCCUGGAUUCGUGCCCUGGAUUCCAGGAUGAUGACUGGGAUAUCACCGGCCCUGAUUGGACUCAGUACCGAAAGCGGGUUCUUGCUGCGGUGAACGACUUGGAAGAAUUUGCCGAGGGGGAGGGCAGAGAGGUCCCGGAGAUGCCCGUGCAAGAGAACCGGUUCCAGGCCGUUAAUUUCGGAUUGAACAACUUUGGGCACAAGCCCAUGCCUUUCACGCAAUCUGCGCGCAUGGCAGAGAGCCGGGUCCCGUGGUCCAUCUACCAGAACCUUCGAUCUCUUUAUCGCAUUAUCCUCGGAGAUACGGCUUCGAUCAAGGCCAAUUCCCGGGACUGGGUGGAGGCUACGAUUGGCCUGACUGCGUGGUGGGAUGGCGAGGACGAUGACGGAGCCCCGGGCUUGGAUUUCCGUGCCAGUACCUCCAGCAACGAUUUCCAGCGCUCUCGUGGGUCACGGAACCAGUUGCGAGCUGUGGAUCGCAACUUGCGGGAUGCGUAUCUUCGUCGCCUUGAUUUGGCAUUUAGCAGCGCGGUCAAUGAGCCGUCUGCAAACGCUGGAUUUCAACCCAACACUAUGAGCAGCUUGGAGGUCGGCCUGGCCGCCGUAUUCGAAGGCAACGUACAGGGUGUGGUGGAGUUGCUGCAAACCUGGUCGCUUUGCGUCGCCACUGGCGUGGCCGAAGUCGCUUGGCUUGGUGGUUGGUUCGAUGCGGGAGGCAGUUCGAAGAAGCUGCCAGGGUUGAGUGAAAGCGAUUUGAUGGUGCUCUCGUUCGGACAGGAUAACCAGGCGUCUGCCAACCGUGUGAGCCGAGAUGACAUUCUCCGCCGCUAUGCCUUUGGCCUAUAUGACCGGCGUUCCGUCGAGAAUGAAACCGGUGCGCGUGAAGGGUGGGAGAUGGCGUUAGAGGUCUUGAGCCGUCUAGACGAUGCCGACCAGAUGAAGAAGGCGGUUGCGGAAAUUGUGGACAAGUUGCCGUUGGAAAACAUCGGCCAACUGGAUAAAUUGGUGGUUCUGUGCUCAGAUCUGGGACUGGAAGACCAAGGACGUCGGGUUUCUGAGCGAUUUGGCGACAUGACCACCUCCAAAUCCGAGAGUUUUGGCCUUGCGCUUUUGUGCUAUGCUCGCGCCCAAAAUCGGCGCAAGGUCAAGUCAGUUGUGGAUCUGCUGGUCUCCUACAGUCUGGUCCAGUCGCGCGCAUACCCUGCGACAGCGGACCUUGACCCCGAACUUCGGUCCAUGAUCAAAGAGCCGAAAUCCUGCUUGUCAUCGAUUGCCUCCGUGGACGAAGAAGCCGCGCGAAUCUUGCAAUUCUAUCUCAGUGGCUAUGCCACGCUGCGCCGGUUCUAUGAGAUCCGCGACGAGGCGUUGGAGCUUCAAGAGGGCCAGCGACCUCGUUUUAAGCCAUUGGCCCGGCGGCGGGCUGCCGCGCAGGCUCUAGCGGCCGUGAUUGGGAGUGCAGCUGAUAAUAUUUACGGAGGACUUUAUGACCCGGAGCGCGAUUCAGCAGUGCAGGUGGAUGGGCUAUUGGCUCUGUUGGGAGAGGCAUUGGUCUUUGUCAACCAACCCACUCCGAUCCUGACGAUUGCCCAACAAUUUACUAUUCUUUCGGCCAUCGAGGACCUGGAGACGGUCACCCCUCGCGUGUACGCACAAUGCGAGGAGUGCUUCCGGUCGACUCUGCUCGAGCAGCAGGCCAGCCGCGGCACGUCGGAGGGAUCGUUGGCGCCAUCGCCGCGUGCGCUCCUCAAGAAAUCCGUGUCUGGGGUUUCCGCGUCGACCUUUUCGGUGAUUGGCAACGACAUGCUCGAAUUGGCCCGCACCCGCUCCGGGUCGGGGUCGGACCCGGCUUCGGUGGGCAGCUCUGGGGUGUUGGUGCCGCGGCCCAGCGACAAAGAUGGGCGGGAGCGCGGCUGGGACUGGCGUGUUGGGCUGCCUGAAACGACCAAGGGAGCGGACGUCCUGCGCAUGCUGCGACUGGGGCUGGCCCGGGGGUUGACUUUCGGAGCUCUGGGGUCGGCUUAG